AUGUCCGGAGCGAAGCACAUCGUUUUCGAUAUAGUUGGCACGCUUGUGUCGCACGAGCAUUUCUAUGCCGUCAUUGACGAACGCCUGGGCCCCAAACUUCAGGCCAACAACAUCUCCGCACGUCUCCUUGGUUUCGCUUGGUUAGAAAGUGCGGAGCGUGAGUACACCUACCUCUCGAUUUCGGGCUCCUACGUACCUUUCGCGAAGGUCUUCGAAUCCAUCUUCUUCCGCAUCCUGCAUUUUGCUGGCGUAGCAGAGCCGCGCAGCGUAGCGACCGAGGAAGAUGUAAAGUAUUUCAUACAAAAGUAUAGGAAGUGUGAAGUCCGACCGGGCGCAAAGGAAUGUGUGGACAUAAUGAAGAAGGCUGGCUGGACAGUCUGGGCGUUCACUAGUGGAGAUCGUCCAAGAGUUAUGGGCUACUUCGAAAGAGGCAACAUUGACAUCAACAACGAGCAUAUUGUGACGUGUGACGACGUUGGUGCGGGAAGACCGGAUCUCAAGGCGUAUGAGAAGCUGAAAGAAAAGAUUGGUGUUGACAGCAAAGCUGGUGAUCUUUGGUUUGCGGCUGCACACGGUUGGGAUGUAAGCGCAGCGGGCAGGGCAGGGUUCAAGACAGCGUAUUGCCUUGUGUUGGAAAAGGAGGCAUUAGACGAUGUGUUUGGCAAGAUGGACGUUGUUGCUGCAACUUUGCCCGAACUUGCAGAAAAGGUGACUUCACAGUAA